UGAAGUGAAGUCUGUUUGCGCCGCGCAGCUGACAAAAAUGACGCGACCACGAUUGGAUGAAAACAGGUUGGAGUAAAAGAAAAAAGGCAGAGUAAAUUAUCUGCGAGGACAGCGCAGGCUCACAGCUCAACGUGGCUGAGGCUGAUAAACGGACAGCGUCGGUGAAUGUUUUUCUACUUUGUGUUGACGCCUACAAGGACAUAGGAGCGCAGUCGAGACAGAAAACCAGAGAAAGGAGAUGGAGCUCAGAGCUCUUUAAUCCAGCCUCACAGCUCCCUGACAGGCAGCGGAGAACUACUCAGAGGGGACGCUUUAUUCGCACUUGGAGGAAUUUAUGGGAUCACAAGGUAACAUUGUUGGAUCGAUCAUGGGUCUGUCCUUUUCGGAUGAUUCUGUCAGUGCAUGCUUUCAGGUUUCCUCUGAUGAGAUGAGUGUGCGUGCUGGCCAGGGCAGUGAUGAGGUGCUAGUUUCUCAGGCAGUUUGGGAUUACCUGGCUGCAGCUGGGCGGCCCUGGCUCAUUGACUUCCAGCACAAGCAGGGGAUGAGUGCCGGCAUCAUCAGGCGAGGAGAGAGGGGGGGCUGCUGUGCUGUGCGGCUACAGCCGGUGGAAGGUUCGAGGAGCACCAGAUCUGGGAUGAUGGACGGACCUAUCUCCAGCGAGACGCGUAAAGCCUUCAUUGACUUAUGCCGAUGUGCCCGCAAAGAAAUGAGCAAACAGGAGGGAGGACCCAAGAGGAAGAGGGCUCUGCUGCCUUGCGUGGGGGUCCUGGAUCAGAACGGAGAAGGGAACCUCCAGGCUCCACCUUCCCUGCCGCGGCGCUCCCAGAGACAGCAGCAGAGGUUCAGGAAACCUGCCGAUGAGGAGGUGUGUGCCAUGCUCCACGAGGCCUCUCUGAGGAAAGACAUGGACUCUGGCAUUGGGUCCCACAGUGAGGCCGAGGACAGUGGCAUUUGCUCAAUUUGCAUGGGGGACAUAGUGGAGAGGACCACCCUGGAGAAAUGUGGCCAUUCGUUCUGCCGCUCAUGUCUGGAACGAGCCUUUAAGGUGAAGCAAGCUUGUCCCGUAUGCAGACUGGUUUAUGGCCAGCUGGUUGGGAACCAGCCUGCCAAUGGUUCAAUGAUGGUGGAGCGGGACCCGGAUAUGGAGCUUCCUGGCCAUGAGGGCUACGGAUGUAUCUGCAUCAUCUACAGCUUCCCUCCUGGAGUACAGACACUCGAUCACCCAAACCCUGGCGUUCGAUACCCAGGAACAGACCGCGUGGCCUACCUCCCUGACAGCCCAGAGGGAAACCGCGUGCUGGGCCUGCUGCGUCGGGCCUUCGAACAGCGCCUUAUCUUCACCAUUGGUACCUCCAUGACUACGGGCCUGCAAAAUGUCAUCACCUGGAAUGACAUUCACCACAAGACAUCCAUAUUCGGCGGGCCACCCUGCUUUGGCUACCCAGACCCCACAUACUUGGUGCGCGUGACAGAGGAGCUCCGAGAAAAAGGUAUCACCAUGAACUGACCACAUGAGACCUCCAGGACUUUGUUGGACUUUUCCUUGGACAUGUCCUCACUGUGGACCAAGCUGCAGGAUUUGCUCUGAGACUGCCUGAUGCCUAAAAGAUAGCUGAAGAUAAAAAAAAAAAAGAAAAAAAGAAAAUCACCUCAUCAGACACACGUCUAUUGCUGCAGAAGAAUCCGAAUCUUCUCCACUGCUGUUCUACUUUGGUUAUUUUUCUCAAGCGUUCAAGUCAUUCAGUGCUACAUGUGAAAGAGAAUACUCUUAAAUGCAGUGCAAAUCCUCAAACCCUCACUGCUGGCACCAGGCCCAAUUUCUGAUGCACUUAUUUAGGAGCUUGUCAGAAUUAAUGUUACAAGAUGUUAUUUAGAUAAUUUAAGUUUAGUGACAUUUAAGUUACAUUCUAUUAAUGUUCAUUUCCCUCCUCUGGGAGUACUUUUAAGUCUUAAAAGCACAUGUUUGGUUGUGUCUCCCUGAAAUGUUUGUUGAACAAGUUUGAUUGUUAUUAAUUACCUAUUGUAAUGAUUGUACUUGGUUCGUACAGCAGAAGAGCACUGCUUUUAGCAACAGAUUUACAGUUCUGAUGUUAUUGCAAUCUUAAGCACUCACAGGCACUUUGGUAACUAUUAUAUUUGUUUUAGUGAAGUAGAAGUAAUGGAAAUCUGCUUCCUCUGAAUGAAGGAUGCUCAAAGCAAACAGGUUUAUGCAGCCAUCAGCCAUUAGCUGGCAACACGUUCAUGUCAGUUGCUCAGAAAACGCUACGCGUGACCUUUAUCUCGGGAUGUACUUUGAUUUUUAAAAUAGGAGGAACGUUAAAUGAUGUCUCAUGGCAGCACCUUUCAGCAAGUGUUGGAACUUCCCACUGUGUUUUUUCCUGUUGUCACUCCUGUUCUUUCCAAGAUGUCUUCGAGGGGUUCGGCCCAUUACCUCACUUAGAUAGGAACACACUGGUCCGAAUUAGCAGAUUUAUGACGAUGUCAACUUUGAAGGGCAUAUAGAUCACUUGAACCAAAUCAGAGGCACAAAAGCUCUUUAAAUAUCUAUGCUUCAGGUCCUUUCAAACUAGGAAAUUUCCUAUUAGAUCACUUUAUUCGAAAUGAGCUAACUGCUGUAAAUCUAUCAACGUGUAACAAACGAUAGGAGAGUUUAGUGAUUGAUUUGAUUAGAGGUGAGUCACUGAUCUCAUUUUCUUGUGCCUUCCUUAUAUUAAUUUAUGAUUAAAUAAUCAGCCAUGAUGACUUUGGCGAAUGUUGAGGAUUUUGAGUGCUUUUGCAGUGCUGUUUGAUUGUAUAGAAGCCUCCAGUGUCUAUCAGACAAACACUCCACAGGAUUAAAUGUAAAACCUAAUCUGGUCCAAAAAAUAUCACCCCCCCUUCUGUCCAAAACGUUUACCUACAGUAAUUUUAGAAAUAGAUCCUAGUCUUUUAGUGUGAGAGUGCUUGGCAAAUCCAGCAGCCUUUAUGUUUUUGGUUGAAAAUAAUUACGGAUUUAAAUGGUCAUAACGGCACAUCAAAUGCUUUUGUUAUGUUCUUGCCCCCUUUGUAUUUUAGUUAAGGGACCAAUCGAUACAUUUUUGAGACACAGGAUUGUAGUUAAUCAAAGCUACUCUGCACACCUUUCUAUGCAUACUGAACCUGAAGAAGGGGAAAAAGAAGAAGCAGAUGGCUGGAUUCCAUAUUUUGCAAAUCGAAUGUUAAGUAAAACAAAAAAUUUGUUCUGCUUUUAUAAUUGUGUUGAUUUGUACUUUGUUGGUAUUCAGAAUGACGUGGCUACAUUUUAAUACUUGAAUAAAAGUUCUGUUUGGGUUUGUC